GUACUUGGUACGCGCAAGAACAAUUCACAAUUGAAAGAUCCUAAGUUCUCGAGAUCUAUUUCGGCAGUAGACAGUAUCCCUGCAUCAUCACAAUAUUGAGGACGAGGAAACUGGAGUCCAAAUAAUUUUGGAUUUACAUGGAAUGGAAAUGUGUAAAAUUCCACUAUAGUGAAGCUAAAAGUAUACGGUAUUAGCACACAAAAUAUUCGAAAUAAUUAGUUAUUUUAUGAUAUCAUGAUUUAAAACAGAAAUAAUAAAAUAUGCAAAACUCGGAAGAGAUCACGGCAGAUCGUGAUAAUAAAAUAUUACAAAAAUGUAUAAAUAAAGCUUUGAAUAAAUAUCCAGAGUCACUCAUCGCGAUGUAUUUAAUAAGAAGACUUACUGUAAUAAUUACUUUAUUGCAAUGCUUAAAUUUUACGAGUGGAAGUGAAACUAUUUUAAGGUUUAAUAAAGAGAAAGUAGUGCUUGUGGCACCGAUAUUGGCAGCAAAUAAAAACCCGAGAGCUAGGGUAGUGGAAACAGCCAAAGAUUUUCCUAUUGUAAGAUUAAUAUCUACAGAUAAUACUACCAAAAGUGACGAACCUGAACGCAAGAUGGAGCUUCAACCUAUUUAUGUCGAAAAUUUCGAGGAAGGUUAUUUCUACAUGAUUAGAUCAACGCAUGCGCUGAAAAAACGGGAUGUUUAUAGUAUAGACACCGUUCCAGUGCCUGCCGGAGGAUCAAGAGAUGAAACGAUAAUUGUUACAAAUUCAGGUCCGAAUUAUCCUUAUAGCAGUUACUAUCCGACAAAUCCUUAUUCUCGUUAUCCAUCUGGAGCUAAUAGCGGAACAACAGUUAUUGUCAGUAACCCAGAUGGAAAUUAUAACAGGGGCUAUGGAACAAAAUACAUUCCAACCAAUACAUAUGGUUAGAUAAUUCAUAGCAUGACAUAUUAUAAAAAUAUGAAAAAAGCAUGUUUUAUUUUAUAAUUGCCUAUCAUCAAUAAAUAAUAAUAACCGUUUA